GUUUCUUCCUUGAGCUAUCUAACAAUGGAGGAUCCCCUGAAACCACCUGUUCUUCUCUUUCUUCUUCUCUCUAUACUUCAAAUUCUACUCUUUCUCCAACCCAUAAUCGCCAUAGAUUUCGUCUUCAACGGUUUUCAUCCCUCCAACCUCUCACUUUACGGCAUCGCCUCCACUGAAUCCAACAUCCUCACCUUAACAAAUCACACAAGAUUCUCAAUGGGUCGUGCCCUUUACCCAUUCAAGAUUCGCACCAAACAAGUUAACUCAUCUUCUUUUGUUCUUCCCUUUUAUACUUCCUUCAUCUUUGCAAUGGGUCCUUUCAAAGGAGUUCUUCCAGGGCACGGCCUUGUUUUCCUGUUAGUCCCCUUUUCAGGAAUGAAAAAAGCAAACCCGGCUCAGAAUUUAGGGUUUCUUAAUCGGUCAGUUAAUGGAAACCCUGAUACUCAUAUAUUUGGUGUUGAAUUUGAUGUGUUUAAGAACGAGGAGUUUAUGGAUAUAGAUGAUAAUCAUGUGGGUGUUGAUGUUAAUUCGUUGACUUCAAUUAAAUCUCAUACAGCUGGUUAUUUUACAGAUGAUGGAAAUGGUGAUUUAAAGAAGUUAUCAUUGAAUAACGGGAGAAAUUAUCAGGUUUGGAUUGAUUUUGCAGAUUCAGAACUAAACGUGACUAUGGCUAUUGCAGGAGAAAAAAGACCGAACAGGCCAUUGAUAAGUAUUCCUCUCAACUUAUCAAACGUUGUUGAAGAUGAAAUGUAUGUUGGUUUUACUGCAGCCACUGGUCAGUUAGUUCAAAGUCAUAACAUUUUAGCUUGGAGUUUCAGCAAUUCGAAUUUUUCUCUUUACAAAGAGUUAAUCACAACUGGGCUUCCAUCGUUUGUUAUACCCAAAGAUCCGAUUUACAAAACAAAAGGGUUUAUAGCAGGUAUGACCGUUAGCCUCUUCAUUUUCAUCGUACUGGUCUCUGUUCUUGCUCUGUUUGUUAUCAAACGUAAGAGAAGGAUAGCGAAAGAGAAAGACGAAAUGGAAGAAUGGGAACUUGAGUAUUGGCCACAUAAGAUAUCUUAUCAUGAGAUCUUUUCAGGGACGAAAGGGUUUUCAGAGAAGAAUGAAAUUGGAAUGGGUGGAAAUGGAAAAGUGUAUAAAGGUGUAAUCCUAGGAGGGAUCGAGGUAGCCGUUAAACAGAUCUUUCCAAACGAGAACAAUGAAGGGAUGAGGGAAUUCUUGUCGGAAAUCGCUAGCCUUGGGCGGUUGAAACACAGGAAUUUAGUGGGAUUAAGAGGUUGGUGUAAAAGAGAGAAAGGAAGCUUGAUUCUAGUUUAUGACUAUAUGGAAAAUGGAAGCUUGGAGAAGAAAAUAUUUGAUUCAACGACGUCGUUUCUAGGUUAUGAAGAUAGGAUUAGGGUUUUGAAAGAUGUGGCUCAUGGUGUCUUGUACUUACAUGAAGGUUGGGAAGUUAAAGUCCUUCAUAGGGACAUUAAAUCAAGCAAUGUUCUUUUAGACAAAGAAAUGAAGGGUAGAUUAGGUGACUUUGGGCUAGCUAGAAUGCAAGCUAAUGGUGAAGUUUCCAACACGACUCGGGUUGUUGGGACAAUCGGAUACUUAGCCCCAGAGAUAGUUAGAUCGGGUCGGGCUUCAACUAAAACCGAUGUUUUCAGUUUUGGUGUCCUUAUUCUGGAAGUCUUAUGCGGUCGUAGGCCUACAGAGGAAGGGAAACAACCUUUAGUUGAAUGGAUAUUGGAGAUAAUGGCGAGAAGAGAUGUUUGGAACGCGUUUGACGAGAGGAUUAGGGAUGCAGUAGAGUUUAAUAAGGAGGAAGCUGAAAGGGUGAUGGGUUUAGGGUUGAUGUGUGUGAAUCAAGAUCCGAGUUUGAGGCCAACAAUGAGACAAGUGGUGAAAGUGUUGGAUGAUCCAAUGGAUGAGUCCGAGACCGAGGGUUCGGAUGUUAUUGGUGGUAUAGGAAUGGGAUUGAGAAUAUCGGUUUUGGGGGAUCGAGGUAGUUCGAGGAGUGGGUCGUCGCAACAUCCGACGUUUGAGGAGAUUAGAGAGGCGAUGUCGAUUUCUAUGUCUCUAACAUUGUCCGAUGUUAAUGUCGAUCCUAGAUAGUCUAGUUGGUCAUGAAGACUUUAAAUUAUAACAUUGUAGAUAUGAAAUCUUGCAAUUUAUGUUGGCGCUACUAUUUUGUCAUUUGAUUGAAUUUGUAUUGGAAUAUUAAAUUAUUUGUAUAUGGGUGAAAUUAAAUUCAAGUUUUCUUUCUUU